CUUACGCAGUAGAGUUACGCAGUUUGAUAGCUAUAUGACGUCCUAACUUACAUCGUUAAAGCCAGGAACUUUUUCUUUGGACCCCUGGGGCCUUCAAUUGAAGACAACGACCAUUUCUUUUGUUGCGCAACUAUAAAACUUACUAGUGUGCGCGUGGCGUUCCGCCGCCAGCCAUUACACAAAUGUCCCAACGCGAUGCGGACACUUUCAUCUCGAACAACGUCCGAGAGUUUAUCCUUAAGGCGCUCGCCGAGGAAUGCCGGCUUGACGGUCGCCGUCCAUAUGACAUGCGGAAGAUUAAAUUCCAGUUCUCGCUGGACGACCGCAGCGCCACCGUGGGCCUGGGCUCCACGCGCGUGAUGGCGGUGGUGAGCGCCGCCCUGGAGGCGCCCUUCCCCGACCGCCCCAGCGAGGGGCCGCUGCGCUUCAAUGUGGAGUUCUCGCCCAUGGCCUCCCCCGCCUUCGAGCCGGGCAGGCCAGGCGAGGACGCCAUCCAGGUUGCUCGCCUGGUGGAGCGGGCGCUGCGGCAGAGCGGCGCGGUGGACCAGGAGGCGCUGUGCGUGGUGGCGGGGCGCAAGGUGUGGUCGCUGCGAGUGGACUGUCACGUGCUGGACAGCGGCGGCAACCUGCUGGACGCCUGCUGCCUGGCGGCGCUGGCGGCGCUGCUGGCCUUCCGCAAGCCCGAGGUGGAGCUGGGCGGCGAGGGCGGCACGGAGCUGCGGGUGCUGCCGCCGGAGCUGCGGGAGCCGCUGCCGCUCACCAUCCACCACCUGCCCGUGGCGGUCACCUUUGCGCUGUUCCAGGGCGGUGACGUGUUGCUUGUGGACCCCAGUCUGAAGGAGGCGGCCGCCAGCAGCGGCUCCUGCACCCUGGUCAUGAACCCCGCGGGGGAGGUGUGCUGCGUGCACAAGGCGGACGGCAUCGGGCUCAGCACGCAGCAGUUCAUGCGCUGCGUGCGGCUGGCGGGAGAGCGCGCCAAGGAGGUGGUGGCGGCGCUGAAGGCGGCACUGGAGCAGCAUGAGGUGGCGCGGGUGCAGGCUCGUAUCCGGCGGCACCAGCCGGUGUCCGGGGUGGCGGCCGGCGCAGCGGCGGAGGGGGGAGUCAUGGUGCUGGGAGCCAAGGACCCCGCGGCGGGGGCGGCGGCAGGGGCGACACUGGGUGGUGCAGCGCUGCCGGCGGUGGCAGCUGCAGCAGCGGUGCAAGGCGGUGGGGCGGGCGGUGGCGAUGAGGACAUGGAUGAUGACCUAAGCGAUGAUGACGAAGAGGAGGAGGAGGAGCAGCGGCAAGCUGACGGGGCCGGGAGAGCGGAUGGGCAGGGAGGCGGUGCGGGUGCAGGUCCGGGCUCUCGUGACGCUGACAUGCGCGACGCUGCCGCCGCCGGCAGCUCGAGAGGCAAGAAGCGCGACAGCAGUGGGGCGGCGGCGGCGGCAGCCGGGAUAAAUGCUGGGGAGCAGCAGCAGCAGCAGCGGGCGCGGCUGUCGGGGCCGCUGCUGGCCGCCAAGCCCAACAAGACCGGCGCCAAGCGAGGCAACGGGGGUGGGUUGCAGCAGGGUGCCAACCAGCGGGGUCGGGACGAUGUGGGGUUCAACGAGCUGGAAGCGAUUGCGGCGGUGAUUGCGGGGGUACCGCCGGGCGGGCCGCCCGCGGGGGCUCCGGAGCCGGACCUGGCUGCGGCCGUGAAGCCGGGCAAGCAGCGCAAGGGGGCAGCGGGGAAAGGCGCGGAGAAGUAGAGGUGGUGAACGUGAAGACGACACUUGAGGCAUAGGCGGGCUCGAUAACUCAUAGAAGGAGCUGGGUUGGGGGCUAGGGAGGCAUAGGGGUAGCGGUGAAGGCUAUAGCAGGAGCGCCACCUGAGUGGAGGCGGCUCGGACCGGUACAACCCACAUGCUGCCAAUGGAAGCAGGCAUGAAGGUAUGACCGGCGUACUUUCGGAUAGGAGGCUGUAAUGGGGGUUACAGUUCUGUCUGCUGUGCCCUCCAGCGGGCCGCCUGAUGGCGCCUGAGGGCUUCCUGUCCCAGCCUCCUGCAGCGGAGUGAGCGAGUGACCCCCACCCUCGGCACCCGUCGGCACCGAGGGGCCCCCGAGGUACCCCGACGGUACCCGAGGGGUACCCGAGGGGCACCCGGUUGACUCGGCGGUUAUCCUACUGUCGCCCAUACCCACUACACCGUCUGUUAUCGCAAGAAGCCGCGACGGCAGGCAACACUGAAAGCCUGUAAACAU